AUGGCUGCCACGCCAGACCCAAACAAGGGUUCUCUUCCAAAACGUACACUGAAACGACAUAAACCCAUCCUUUCCCUGGAUCACGGACACGCUUCAGACAAGAAGAAUGGUAUAACACGCGUAUUCUCAUCUGGAAUCCUCAUAAUAUUUAUCUAUCGUCCAGUUCACACCUCUGUAUUUGCGCGUUUUCAGGCUUUGCUCCCCCAUGCCUCGCCGCCAGCACCAGCAACGACGCCCGCGCCGAUUGAACCUCCGCCAGAGAUACCGGAGUCAAAGUAUAUCAAAAUAAGAAUCAUCAGUUGGAACAUGAACGAAUCUCUCCCAAAGGGUGACCUCUCACCGCUGCUAGGAGGACCUCUUCCAGCCUAUGAAGCGAACCCAGAUGCUGUAGGGAACAUGGACAUAACUGGUCUCUCGCUUGGGUCCGACCAUCCAUAUCAUAUCGUCGUAAUUGCCGGUCAAGAAUGCCCAACUCUCAUGGGACUCCCGUUGGGUCUAGGCGGAGGCAUGAAAUGGGACCGUGACAAGGACGAAGAGGAACAUAAACGCGAACGCAAAGACAAAGAGGUCGACAAGAAGAAAAAGGACAAACCAAAGGACAAAAUUGAAGAGUCGAAUCCAACUGCCGGCACGAAAACACCAAAAUAUCAUCACACGGUACAUCAAACAGUGGGGUGGUCGAGUAUUCUGGAGGAUUACUUUUCGCGCGGAAUCGGAUCAAUUCAAGGCGUGAAACCGGAUAUCAUGUCUCCAAGCACAAACCCUUCGGUCUCAUCGCUGGUCUCGUCAGACCGUGUGCUUCCCCAGGCAUCUACGUCUAACAUCCCAGGCAUGGGUAAUAAGGAUGCCAAGUGGAAGCUUCCUUCUCGAGCGGUCGAGGUGCCAAAGAUUGGUCCAUACGAACUCUUGACAAAGGAACGUAUGAUGGGAAUCUACUUGGCUCUCUAUGUCCACCGUGAUAUUCGUCCACUUGUCGAAGGGUAUUCCCAGGACAGCGUGACCACGGGCCUUAUUGGGGGACGGUUAGGGAAUAAAGGCGGCGUUGCCAUCAGUCUCAAACUCAAUGGCACCACCUUUCUGUUUCUGAAUGCUCAUUUAGCAGCCCACGAGGACAAGGUUGCGCUUCGUCUUGCGAACAUGCUCAAAAUCAAGUCCGAGUUGUCUAUCGAUGACUUUUUACCGCCAGACGAUGAGCGAAAGGUCAAGGAGGAUCCCACCGACCGAUUCGACCACACAUUUCUGUGCGGUGAUCUCAACUUUCGUUUGGAUAUCACACGCCUCCAUGCAGAAUGGCUGAUCAAGGAGAAGAAGUAUGCCCAGGCUCUCGAGUUUGAUCAGCUGCGCAAGAAUAUGCACGGCCUUGGUUCAUCCGCUUUUGCCGGCUUUGAUGAGGCUCCUAUCGAUUUUCCACCAACAUUCAAGUAUGACGUGUUGCGCACUCUCAAAGGCAACAAGAAACGGUCGAGAGGGAGUGCCAGGCUAAAGCAACGUCUACUCUCCGAGGUCCCAGAAACGCCUGGAGAAAAGGCGGCCAGCUCUGCUGGUGUUCCCGAGAAUGCAGUUGCAGAGGACAGUGACAGUGAUUCUGAUAGGUCACAUUCCACCAACGACGACGAAAGCUCAUCGUCUUCGACUGACACUCCGCAAAAGUCUGCCAAGUCGGAACGAAGCAUCGGUCUUGCCGAUUUGACCUUAGAGGUGACACACGCUGCAAAACGAAAGUGGUAUCAUCUUGUCAAGUCUACCGCUAGCCUUCCAGCGACUGGGAGCCCUGCAUCGUUCAAGCAGAGCGACGUGCACAAAGGGGCAUCCGCGUCGGCAAUAGCAUUUGAUGGGGAUACGUCUACACUGGCUUCGCGCAAAGCUACCGGCGCGAGCAGUGGGAGUUUGCUGCAAAGCAGCCCUGUUCUGAACAAGGCCUCGAGUGUCAAGAAAUCUGAUCGUACGGGCACUCUCAUGCCAGAAGCCCCUCCCACGACGAGGGUUGCUUCAUCCAUGGAGCUUCCUCGUAAAUCCGAGAGCGAGUCUCUUCGUGCUAGCGUGCCGUUGCUCAGGUCACUGACGACAAAGUCGGGAGUCACAUCGAGGUCAACAGGUGCAGAUGUACCGCAGGCAUCCCUGGACAUUGAAGACAAGGGAGUGUAUGAUACCUCGUGGAAGAGGAGAGUACCCAGCUGGUGUGAUCGCAUUCUGUUUAAAACCACCAUUGUUAUUCCUCCUAGCCCAGUUGCAGAAGAAGCUCCACUACCUGUUGUAGAGACACCACGCCCGGAGGGGACACCUCUUGCGCCACCGUCAAGUACUCCGAAGAGGACACUGUUCAAUGUCUUUAAAUCCAAAUCAAGAAGUGGUUCGACUCCAUCCACCACAGCAGAUGGUUCCUCUGCACCAACCAAUGCACCAGCAGGCUCUAGUAGCACUCAGGCCUCUCAAGAUGCACCAGCCAAAAAGUCAUCAAAGGGUUCCCAAAACUCGAGCCGUCCGCUCAUGAUUUCGACCAAUCUAGGCCGAGAGCACGAUUCACCCAUCACGCUAUCCAAUUCCGACUCGCCAAACUCUGCACAGCUCCCAGUAAUAGAAAAGGGAUCAGGUCGACGAACGACUUCUCCUAAUAUUGUUCGUGGCUCUUCUGGUGGCUCGACUACUGGAGGGAUCGGUUCAUUAAGACUUCAUGGGAAGCGAAGACGCUCUCUGAGUGCGACACUGCCGCGAACCAGCGACCCUGUUGUCAUCCCAAACCGGUUCCCCGCCUCUGCUUCUCAUCCUCCUGUACCCCCUCUAGCGAUCACUGAACCAGAAAAGAGCGCGCCAGAUGCUCCUCAGAGAAAGGGAAGUAUGCCAGGUCUGCGAAGGAUCCUUAGUCUUCUCCCUGGUUCGUUUGGAGGUGGUCAUACUCCCCCUCGCGCACCUUCUCCUGCGCCGCCUCUUGUCGAGUAUGGACCGCCCGUCAAGGUGUUCAAACCUGGAGAGAUUCGAUGUCUUGGCUAUGGCACACUAUCGGACAGAGAGAUGAGGGAACUAGAGGGGCGAAGUGACCACAGGCCAAUUAUCGGGCGUUGGGCGGUGUACGUUUGA